UCAUACAACUGUAUAAUAUAAGUGUCAGAAAAAUCUUCAUGUCGGAUCUUUGGCUCAUGUGUUACGGCUUGAGUGGUGGUGUCAGAGCAUUAUGAAUUCUUGCACUUUGUCAUUAUUUUGUGGUAUGUUCAUAUUGAUAGUGCCAAGUUUCAUCAUGUGUGAUGAUUGUCCCAAAACAAAAUUGUCCACAUUUUGCAUUUCAGUCAAGUCAUGACAGAUGUCAGUACAUUGUUGUUUAUACUUGGGUGUCGAGGUGGGCACAUACUUUGCAGACUAUUUUCUCCUGUUCAAAACGUUCUGGAGAAUACCCAUAACACCUGAUUUAGAGAAGUUCAGCUGUUACUCUAUUGUUAUUUGUGAUACAAAAAUGUUGACGGGCUAUGGCCACACGUCCACUACUUAGCACUGUCUGCUCAUAACUGACAGCUCACAUGUCACAACUGUUGUUUACAGUCACUAUAGUUGCUGUGCUGAUAGUGCUUGUAUGCUAGGAAUAACAUCACUGUCACAACUUUUUGAAUGGAUAAUUUAUACUAUUUGUUGUCAGUGAACACAUGCAUUACACUGAUGUAACAUUGUACAAUAUUUAUUACUUUUCAAGCUAAUUUUCAUCUGUUACGCCACCAUCAGUUACAAACAUAAAUAUGUGUAGCUGUGAAAUUUUUGUGAGUCAGUGAUUUGAAACUAGUGCAUCUACAGAGUAGCUCAGUUGAUUUUCAAAACAGACAAUUGUUUAUGUGCACAUCAGUACGAGACACCCUUUCGCCCUCUGGCAAAGACGGCUCUUCAACUUUGGAAGAGAGUAGUACAUACAGAAUCACUUGUAAUUGUCACAAAUACUAGACAGGACAGUCUGGCAGCACAAUUUCCAUCCAAUUGAUGGGACACCAUAAAAGUUGAAGACUUGGAAAAGGGGACUCUACCUUUGCAGUCGACCUGUGUAAAGAAGGCCACAAGUUACAAGUGCAACAUGAGGUGAUACAUAACAAAGGAGGGAAGAUAAUGUACCUUGAAAUUAUGGAAAUUAAUGAGCAUAUAACUAUUUUCCCAAGAAGAUGGAAGCAGAACAACAUCAAAGCUUUGUCUGUGGUGUGACUACCAUCAAACAAGAGUCAGUUGAAACUGACCCAUCCACAUCUCCAAAUCAAGAGAUUGAAGACAUAUUCAUUAAGGAAGAAACUCUGGAAUAUUCACCUUCAGAUGAUAUUCCAUGGCCUAGCACUCAGGAUAGUGGGAAAAUGGAGGAUGAGGAAUGUGAGGAGGAUAUGGAGGAUGCAAUGAGCGAGGGCGAUGGUGAGGAGCUCAAGGAUGAAGCUAAGUUGACAAAUAAUCACAGUGCAGCAGAAAGCACUGUCGCUGUUGGCGUGGAGGACAACAGUGGUACUGAUGGCAGCAGUGGUCUGAUUACUAAACACAGGUCUGCCUUUGGGAACAAAAAUGGUACCAAACCUCUGGUGCACAGGUGCACCAUAUGUAAAAAGGCAUUUGGAAAGUUGGAGGACCUGAAGGAGCACACACAUGAGGAGAGCCGUGAAUCUCUGCAUUCCUGCAGCGUAAGGUCCAAAAAACAUCAGUUUAUGCGAAUCUCCAUGGAGCAGCGAACAGUGAUGCUAGAUUUCAUGAUAAAACAUGCGGAACUAGCAACUGGGAGAUACACAGGACCAGAUGGAGUCAGACACAAGCAGAAACUUUUGCAAAAACUAGCAACAGAGCUCAACAGCCUGCCAAAUGGAACAUCAAAAACAGCGGAUAAAUGGAUGAAGUCCUGGCAAGACUGGAGAAGUGAUGUAAAGGCCAAAGCUUCUCUAGUAAAGAAGGAACUGCAGAAAACAGGAGGAGAACUAAGUACAAAAGCUAAGCCCCUGACCCCUCUUGAGGAGCAGCUUCUUGACUUCUUGGGUCCAUGCACUGUUUAUGGACAUGAAGAAGUACCAGACCCCCUAAACAUAGCGCAUCAGGAUUCAGGUCAGGUCACCCAAAAUGACUCAGAUAACAAAGAUACAAUGGAAAUGGAUGAAUAUGUUGUCCUUCCUGUGGAAGGACUGACCAUAAUGUCUGCAUCGGAUAUUUCAUCAGACUAUAUAUCACCUGCUCUGACUACAGCAUCGUUGACUUCACUAGAAGAAAGUACCCUGUCCUCUACAUCAGGGUUUGUACCUGCUUCACACGUAACUGAAUCUUCAUGUGGUACAACAACUGCGAAGAAGGGCAAAUGCAGUUCUGCAUCGUUGGCUUCACUAGAAGAAAGUGUACCCUCUACAUCAGGUUUCAUACCUGCUUCACACAUAACUAAAUCUUCACGUGCUACAACAACUUCGAAGAAGCGCAAACGUAGUUCUGGUGGUACAUUAACAAAAGCUGAUGAUCCUCUGGUGGAUAUCACCAGACAACAGGUGAUGUGCAUGCAGGAGCAAAACGCCAUCAGACGUGAACAACUUCAGUUGGAAGAACGCAGAACUGUUGCCAUUGAAAAUGCAGCUGAGGCGUUUGUAGGAGUCAUGAAGGCACUGGAGGAGUACCUGACGCAUAGGAGAGACAGUGAGUAGUGCAAACUGUGAAAUUUUGCUUGAAUUAUAUUAUAUUCUAAUCAUACAUUGAACUCGAAGCAAGCACUGAUGUAUAAUUAAAAGUUAAAAAUUCACCUCAGAGGUACAAAUCACAU